AGAACUCUCCAGAGGAACCUCACUCUUGAAUAUUAAUAAAAGCAAUUGAAGAACACUAAAAACUCAACGAGAAAAUUCCUGCAGGAUAACCACAAAACGAAGACAAAAUGUUCUUCUUCUUCAUAGGCGGGUUGGAGCAACAGGUGAGGCAGGUUCUGAAAUCGAGCGCAGGGAGGUGCAUAAACUGCGGCUCAAGUGCCGAUCUUGUCGACUACGACAAGGUAUUGAAGCUGUUCUUCGUGCCAGUCUGGAAAUGGCCUGGGAAAGACCCUGUAAUGCACUGCAACACCUGCAAUCUCUUCUUCCCUCAGUCUUUCUCCUUGCCCCCACCCAACACAGUCUCAACGAACGCCGUUUCAGAUGUUCUGCGCUGCCGUUUCUGUGACAGGGUUGUGGAGCCCGAGUUCAGCUUCUGCCCCUUCUGUGGCUCUGCUCUGUAAAUUUUUGUUCUGGGCUUGGAAUGAACGAUGGAUCUCUUGUAUUUUGAUAUAUUGGCAAUACUGGUUGAUACGAUCACUGCGGUUUAGGGUUUUGUAUUGGAGAUUUUGAGGUUUCACAGGUCAAGUACUUUCCCAAUUGUGUUUCUUUGACAAUAAUAAUAAAACAAGGUUUUAGUGAUGGGUUCUUGCUUGGUUUCUGAAAAGCUGAGAAAUUUUGUAGUGAAGUUUUCUGUCUGGUUUCCGGGGAAAUGAGAAUCUGUAUUAAAUUGAACGUGAAUUC